AAAAAACAGAAAACUGAAAACCUCAUUAUUGAUGUCACCUAUGAUAUUCAGUCUUUCACAGAUACAGUUUAUAGACAAGCAAUAAAAAGCAAGAUGUUUGUGGUGGAUAUGAAAAUUGCUGCAAUGCAUGUAAAAAGAAAGCAACUCCAUCAACUACUACCUAAUCAUGUGCUUCAGAAAAAGAAAAAGCAUUCAACAGAAGGUGUCAAAUUGACAGCUCUCAAUGACAGCAGCCUCAACUUGUCUAUGGACAGUGAUAACAGCAUGUCUGUGCCUUCACCUACUAGUGCUACGAAGACCAGUCCAUUGAACAGUUCUGGCAGCUCUCAGGGCAGAAACAGUCCUGCUCCAGCUGUAACAGCAGCAUCUGUGACCUGCAUACAGGCUACUGAAGUUUCUGUGCCACAAGUAAAUUCCAGUGAAAGCUCAGGGGGUACAUCAAGUGAAAGCAUUCCUCAAACUGCCACACAGCCAGCCAUUUCUUCACCACCAAAGCUUAUGGUCUCCAGAGUUGUUUCUUCAACACGUCUGGUAAACCCACCACCUAGAUCUUCAGGAAAUGCAGCAACAAAAAUAUCUACUCGUAUAGUAGGAGUCAAGAGGACAUCCUCACCUCUUAAAGAAGAGAGUCACAAGAAAACCAAAACAGAAGAGGAUGAAACAAGUGAAGAUGCUAAUUGUCUUGCUUCGAGUGGACAUGAUAAAACAGAAGCAAAGGAACAACUUGAUACAGAGACAAGUAUAGCUCAAUCAGAAACUAUUCAGACAGCGGCUUCCGUGUUGGCCUCUCAGAAAACAUCCAGUACAGACCUCUCUGAUAUCCCUGCUCUCCCUGCAAAUCCUAUUCCUGUUACCAAGAAUUCAAUAAAACUGAGAUUGAAUCAGUAAAAACAACCUCAGGGGUCCAUAAACAAUAUCUGACAACUCGACCUGUUCUCUUCAAAUGCUAAAAAAGGAGAAUGGAGGGUACAAGACUAGACAUGACUGAAAUGGAUUUGGGUUUUUUUGGUGACCUCCCUUACUGGGCUAAUCAGCACUUGAUCGGAAGUCCAGGUUAGUAUGUGAAGCCAGGAGUACUAUUGUUACUGUGUUAGCAACAGUUGCACUAACUAUUUCAAAAAUUACUGCCUUUAAAAAUACCUCAAGCUAUAUUUGUAGCCAUAAUUGACAUCUGGAUUG